AGAGAGAGCAAGUUAGUGAGUCAGUCUAAGGUGUCUCGCGCGUGUUGGCAUCACUGCAGGACCAAAACAACCCUGUGCCUGGGCCUUCGCGGUGUCACCUGUGCCGAGUUACCCGCUGCAUCACGCCCACCCCGAACACCUGCCGCUGAGGGGGCUGGGACAGCCACAAGAGCCACAAAACCAGCACCAGCACCUGCAUCAGUGGCUUGAAGCACCUUCAUCAUGCAGACCUCAGGUGCUGUGAGUGAAGUGAAGAAGGAAAUCCAAUAAUGGUGAUGUGUGGCCGGCCCUGUGAUGGUGUGUGUUGUGGUGAGCCGCUGGACCUGGCGUGACUGUAACACCUGUGUUAUGUGACUAUCAUGAACAGCACUCGCAGUCAUUUGUGGCCAAGAGGACCGUUCAAGUGACUGCCAGAGUGGUGAGUGAGGGAGAGGUGGCUGUUAAUACCUGCACACACCUCACCUCACCUGGACAAAGCUUACCAACACUAGCAACACAUCCAUUAGGGGUUAAGGAAGGGAUGGGAUGAGAGAUAACAACCAGUGAACCUAAUCUAACCUCACCAGGACAAAGCUUAUCAACAUUGGGGGUUAAGGAAGCAACAGAACAAGAAACGAAGAUCCGCAAACCUAACCUAACCUCACUAAGCUAAGCCACACACAUCCAUUAGAGGUUAAGAGGGGAACAGGACAAGACGAGGAGCUGUGACACUGUGCUCCAGUCCUCCUGUCACCAGGCUUAAGGUUAGCAACACUCCCAUCCGUUAGUAGUUAAGGAGACGGUUAUAGCGGUGAUUGGGGUAGUGUUGGAGGGUGUAGCAUUGUGUAGUAAUGUGCCAAAUCUUGUAGGUCAUAAACUCUGCGCCUGUUGAAAUUUACCUAAGACUGUGAUGUGAGUGGUUAACAGUGGCACAAGGGAAGGACAGAGAUCAGGUUGCUAGGUAUGUCAUGUCCUGUGUGUGUGUGUGUCAUCAAAGCCUCCUUGCCAAGACUAAGAUGAGCGACACCCCCAUCCACUAGGUGUCAGGAGGCAGUGUACAGAGGCCGGGGGCAGCGCUGAGCCCAUCCGGCCGUGCUAUGUCCUGUCGUGUGGGGGGGUGUCACUGUGUUGUCUGUGCCCCACCCGGAGGCCAGCGCUGGAGGUCCCUAUGUUCAUCCCACACUCCGAGGUCAUGUUCCGCUGUGAGGAGUGCGGCAAACAGUUUGCCUACAAGAGCAACAUCACCCACAUGAUCGUCCAUGGCGGGGAGGAGAAGUUUGCCUGCGAGGAGUGCUGCGCCCUCCUGUCCCAGCAGGCGCACCUCAACACCCACAUGCUGGUGCACACGGAGGAGGGCGUCACGGCCGUCACCAGCAUCCUGCCCGACAAGACCUUCACCUGCCUCACCGCCACCGUGCCCAGCGUCGCCGAGAAACGCUUCGCCUGCGAGAUCUGCGCCAAGCUGUUCCCGCGCAAGAGCUCCCUCAAGACGCAUCGCCUGGUCCACAGCGGCGAGAAGCGGUUCGAGUGCGAGGAGUGUGGCAGCCGCUUCACCCGCAAGAGCUCCCUCAAGACGCACCGCUACACCCACACUGGCGAGAAGAAAUUUGAGUGCGAGGAGUGUGGCGCACUUUUCACCCGCAAGAGCUCCCUCAACAUCCACCGGCUGGCACACCGCGGCGAGAAGAAGUACGAGUGCGACAAGUGUGGCAAGCGCUUCACGCGGCGCAGCAGCCUCAACACUCACAUGCUGAUGCACAACGGGGAGAAGAAGUUUGAGUGCGAGACCUGCCGCACCUCGUUCACCAGGAAGAGCAGCCUAAACACACACAUGCUGGUCCACACCAGCGAUUAGUGUGUGCGUGUGUGUGAGUUUGAGGCAGACUAAAGGACCCAUAACAUCAGACUACCCUGGUCCGGCCUCAGUCUUGCUUCUCCAGCCGUCGUAAACGUAACUGUUUCGUCGUCGUCACGAACCGGCAGCAGAGUAAACCAAAUCAAGGAGCGCCAAUGUUACCGUACCUAUAUUUAUUUUCCAUGGACGUUGGUAACACUGUCUUGUGUUUGUUCGUGGCAACACAGCAAGAACACUCAUGAUGUACCUGGAAUAUGUGUAAUAGCAACACUUCCCUGCCGCUGCCUGAAGCCUGUGAAGUGUUGAGCAGCGAUGGCAGGCUCUUGGCGGCCCUCCCUUGGUUGUUAGUGUAGCGGAGCGUCCCAGUGGUUACUCUGUCAUCACUACCUUGGCGGAUAAGCCCCUCCCCCUCCCCCUCCCCCCCUGCUCCAGUAAGUGUUCCUGCAGCAGCUCACUUGACAGAAAGAUUGCAUUCGUAAAGAAGUCACAUUAAGAAUUUUCGGUGAUUUACUUCUGUUUAUUUACUUUUACAUAAAAUUAGAUAGCAAGACAAGAGGUGUGGUUCACAUUGUUAGCCCAAUAUGAAAUCUAAGAAUUGUUUAGGAUUUUUACAUUUUCUCCUAAAAACGCAUGAUUUGAACUUAUAAAAAGAAAAAUUACCUGUAGGUCAUUAGUCAAACCACCUACAAGACACUCCCAUUUCUUGACUUGGCUGGUUGUGAUUGGUGGCUCCUGUUGAAGGUUAAAUCUCAUUGGUGGCUGCUGGGAAAGGUUUAAAUCUCACUGCUGGCUGCUGGGAAACAUUCAAAUCUCACUGGUGGCUGCUGGGAAAGGUUUAAAUCUCACUGGUGGAUGCUGGGAAAGGUUCAAAUCUCACUGCUGGCUGCUGGGAAAGGUUCAAAUCUCACUGCUGGCUGCUGGGAAAGGUUUAAAUCUCACUGGUGGAUGCUGGGAAAGGUUUAAAUCUCACUGGUGGAUGCUGGGAAAGGUUCAAAUCUCACUGGUGGCUGCUGGGAAAGGUUUAAAUCUCACUGGUGGAUGCUGGGAAAGCUUCAAGUCUCACUGCUGGCUACUGUGGAAGGUUAAAGCUCACUGCUGGCUGCUGGGAAAGGUUUAAAUCUCACUGGUAGAUGCUGGGAAAGGUUCAAAUCUCACUACUGGCUGCUGGGAAAGGUUUAAAUCUCACUGGUGGAUGCUGGGAAAGGUUUAAAUCUCACUGGUGGAUGCUGGGAAAGGUUAAAUCUCAUUGGUGGGUGAAGGGCUGAGGUGGGCGGGGCUAAUUCGCCAAGCUAUCCCAAACAGUGUAGUUGUUGUGUCGAGUGGUCGCACCGCACAGCAGGAUCCAUUGUGUUUGCGUCCCAUCAUCAUUAACACCUUGAUUUUUAUAUGGAGUUACGAGUCUGGAUGAGUAAUGUUAUAUUUUUUGAGAAACCCUGUAAAACCUCAUAAAUAAAGCAAAACUUCUG